AUGCCGGUACGUAACGCGUUGUCUGCCACAAACGGGAAUGGAAUGAAUAGCUCCCUUGCCAAAAAGGUCGAUGAACCAAUGGACUGCGAUGAAGUCAAGAAUGCGAGUGUGCCAAUGGAAUUGGACCAUACUACGGUUCCGGAUGAAGGAAAACCGGCCACUGCCAUCAAACCGAUUGACCUCAAUUCGUCCUACACUACUUCAGUGGUGGCUCCUGAAAAACAACCUGCAUUAAAGACAUCAAACCUUCCGGAAGGAUGCAUCACUAAGCUGAUUGAGGAGAAAGUUGAGGAAUGGAGAGAAACUCGUCCGAACGAAGCAUCUGAUGUUGCUGUUGCUGCUUCUGCUCUCAUAUCUCUUGGCGAAUGUAAUUCCGCGAGUUCUUAUGAAGACGAUGAAUGGAUGGAGGUAGACAAUCCUUUAUGGUCGGAUGAAUCAGAUGGUGGUGAUAUCGAUUACUACAAUGGCUCGCCAGACCAUGAUGCAAUGUCGGACCAAAACUGUAGCGAUAAUUCAAAACAUGACGAGACCUCAGAUUCAGAAAAAAACAAGUCGGACAAUACUGAGGAAGUCGACGUUCGCGAAAAAGAGGUUAAUGGAAAAAAGCGGCCAUUUGAGGUUGAUGACAAGUAUCUUCAAGCUCUCUGUAAAGCUGAUCAGGGUCCUCCUAAAGCGCCACUUCCGAACAAUCAGACGAGUUUGACGUUUCCUAGUCGCCAAUCGUUGCGAAAUGCUCAGAAGAUUGCAUUUUCUUUUGUGGACCAUUCAAAAUAUCCAAAUCUUAAAUGGAAUCCGGCUCCACCACCGGAGAAGAAAUCAAAAGUAAAAAUGGCGCAAUCAAAGGUUGAACCGUGGCUCGAAAGUUUCGAUUCGCUGAUCCAGAGACUUGGUGCAGACGUCGAAAGGGGCAAUGCAAACGCGAAAAACGACAAGGACAACGGUGCUGUGAGAAGAUUUCAAGGACUUCCAAAAAAGGAAGAACGCGAAUCGGCAAUAUUGAAAGCUGCUCUGCGUUGUCGUCCUGGUAUGAUCCGCGGUCCUUUGCAAUACGGAAUCCUCAACUCAAAUAUCGGUUCUUCACAUUCACUUCGCUCGUGUGAUUAUAAUGUGCUUCACGAUCAUACCUAUGCUCUUCCGCGAAGUGAUCAUGAGGUCGCGUACAGAUGCACGAUUGGUGAUGAUGAAAUCUUAGGAAAAGAAGGUGAUUUUGAUAUUCCGGAUUUGAAUGACGUUGGACCUCAAUGGGAGAACGAACUCUCCCCAAUCAUGGCUGACUAUAUUCGUAACUGUUUUAUUUAUCGGAAUAGGCGAAAUACAGCAACAACGCGAAAGGAAUCGACAGUAAAGGAACCGAAAAAGGCUGUAAAGCUUUAUGACGCCUAUCCAAAGCGAAAACGUGAUGCUAAUGGAAAUUAA